GAGGGAGAGAUGGAGACACAGCGAGAGAGAGAGAGAGAGACCCGCCACAUCGCUUCUCAAUUCACCCGCGCAGCCGUGAGCAGCCAUCGGCGCCCUUCGCUAUGAAGAAUCACGGAGAAGCGCAGCAUCAUCAUCAGCAGUAGCAGCAGCAGUAGCAGCAGCAGCAUCAUCAGCAGCAGCAUCAUCAGCAGUAGCAGCAUCAUCAUCAGUAGCAUCAUCAGUAGUAGCAGCAGCAUAAGCAGUAGCAGCAUCAUCACCAGCAGCAGCAGUAGCAGCAUCAUCAGCAGCAGAAUCAUCAUCAGCAGCGGCAGCAUCAUCAGCAGCAGCAUCAUCAUCAGCAGCAGCAUCAUCCUCCUCUACUGUCACCUCUUCACAAUCGGCAUUUUUUUCGUCGUCGGCGCCGUGGCUGCCCGGAAUGAGUAAAUCACAUUGAGAUUUCAUUGUUUUCAUUUGUAUUCAUUUUUAUUAUCAUUUUAGGCGGAGGGGGGGAGGGGGUGUGCGGCGAUUGGAUUUAAACGGACGCUCGCUCGCAUACCUGUUACGAUGCGUCUAAUGAACGCGCCUCCUUUGGGGUUGACGGCAAAUUAAUUGCUAGAUACGUGACGUGUCAACCGCCGCUGCUGGAUGUUGCCUGCAACAAGGACAGCCAGCAACAACGCAUAUGUCGCGUGAUGCACCACCAUCACCACCAUCGUCGUCGUCGUCAUCGCGCGAGCUUGGGAUGAAGAUCGCGGUGGACGCGAUGACGGCCGUGAUGGAGACGGCGGCGAUGGAGACGCUGGCGAUGAGGUGGAAUUGUCGGCGCGAGGCUUGAGAGAAGAGACCCCGCGUGCUGCCUCGACUGGGUUGGGCGGACGACGAGGUCGCGGCGGCGAGGAGAGACGUCGAAGAGGUCAGAGGGCAGGAGAGAUCGGGAGAAGGAGGUGGCCGGCGAAGAGGAGAAGGAGGAGGAAGAAGAAGGAGGAGCGCGACGACAGAAGGGGCGGUGAGCAGAGGCGGGAGGAGCGGAGAGACGAGAGGAAGGAACGGAGCGGAGGGAACGCAAAGACAGAGAAGCUAAGGAGCAGGGGGGGGGGGAGUAGGUGGGGGUGGGGGACAAGAGGAGGAAGAGGCAAUAGGGGAGGAAGAGGCAAUAGAAAUCGGUUGAAAAUAAAAUUGUACAGGAGGACACGAAGGGAAUAUAAAAACGAGGUAGGGAAUCACAAAGAGGGGAACGAACGGACGGAAAAAGAGGAGCAGGAAGAGGGAGAAAACUGGAAGAACAAAAACAAGGAGAUAGAAGAGGAAUAGGGAGGGGAGGAUCAACGGAAGAUCAGGAGGAGUAGGAAAUAUAGAGAGAGAAAGACACACACAAAGGGUCAACUCAAGAAGAGGAAAAUAGUAUAGGGAAGAGCGGUAAAAAGAGGAGUCAACAGGGAAGAGGAGAGAGAGGGAGAGGAACAAGAGCCAGAUAACCACCGGCAUUGAGUGAGACGGUAGGAACGAGAGUGGCGAGAGAAACGACAACGAGUGAGGGGGGAGAGAGAGAUCACGGAGAGUGAGAGGCCGGAUAAAAUCAAACGAGGGAAGGAAUCGAGAGUGGUGAAGAGGAAAAUAGAGAAAACGGAGAGUGAGAGAGAGGGAGAAACGAGAAUUCAGCAGAAGCGGAGGGAGGAGAUUCUGCAGAGGAGGAGGUAGACGAGACGACGAGGUGGAGGAAGACGAGCAGGUUAGAGAACGGGAAGAAACCAAGUAGAACAUAAAUAACUCAACAAGGCAAGGAGGAAGGAAUGGACACAAAGGAGUAGAAGAUGGUGGACUAGAGGAGGGAGAAAAACUCCAAGAGACAGAUCAACACGAGAAAGAAGAAAUGCAGAGAGAGUGAGAGCGAACGAGAGCCAGGCGACAAAGAUCAGGGAGACAACCACAAAGAGCAGGGAGAGAGAGGCAUCAGAAGAGAAGAGAGGACUUGUUGAGGAGUAGGAGGAGGGAGGAACGAGGAGUAGGAGGAGGGAGGAGGAGGACUAGGCGGAGGUAAGCACAGCGAGAGGGGGGUGGUGGUGCCGUGCGCGUGCGUGGCGGAGCGGGGAUGGGCGCGGGCCCGUGGGUCCGCAUGGCCGUGGGCCUCCUCGCCGUGGGGGUGUGCGCGGCCGGCGUCCCGCGCGCCCGGGACCCGGGCCGCCGCCGCACCUUCUACAGCGACGACGACGACGACGGCGACGACGGCGGCAUCGGCGGAGGCAUCGGCAGCAUCGUCGACGAGGAGCUCAACUACAACGUGCAGCGCAUCAACGAGGAGAAGACGAGGCACGGCCAGGGGGGAAACUUCGGCGACGACUUCGGGCUCCCGAAGAAGGGCGGUGUUGGCGGAGGCGGCGGCGGGGGCAUCUUCGGUGGUGACGAUGACGAUGAAGACGACGAUGACGACGAUGAUGAAGGUGACGAUGAUGGCAAGGGAGGCGGCGGGAAGGGCGGCGGCGGCGGUGGACGCCGUCGCCUGAACGAGCCGAAUCGCCCCGUCGUGGCCACCAACUAUGGCAAGCUGCGGGGAAUCCGCGUCUCCCUGCCCUCGCCCGACGCGGUGCUGCGCUCCGACGGGAGAGGUGCAGAGGGACCUGGAGCUGGCCCUGCGGGGACGCCUGGCGUUGGAGGCCCUGGCGGUGGCGGCGGUGGCCCCCUGGUCGUGACGCAGUUCCUGGGGGUGCCGUACGCCCGCGCCCCCCGCGGCGAGCGCCGCUUCUCGGCGGCGGAGCCCCCCGCCGUGUGGAGCGGGGAGAGGGAGGCGGCGACGCGGGGCCCCCCCUGCCCCCAGCCGGUGCCCAACCACAGGGGGCCCGACUGGGCUGGCUGGGGGAUGCUGCCCGUGUGGGAGGCUGGCAACGAGCGUCUGGCCACGUGGCUAAGCUCCAAGCAGAGCGAGGAAUGUCUCAACCUGGACGUGUACAUCCCGGGCCGUGAUGUCCCCGGUGAGAGGCCGCCCCUGGCCGUGAUGGUGUUUCUCCAUGGCGGCUCGUUUUUGGACGGAGCGGGUGGCCUCUACGACGGCAGUGCCCUCGCCGCGCACGGGGACGUGAUCGUGGUGAUCGUCACCUACCGCCUCGGCGUGCUCGGUUUCUUCAGCACAGGGGACUCGCUGGCGCGAGGCAACUACGGCCUGCUGGACCAGGUGAUGGCGCUGCGCUGGGUCCGGGAAAACGUCGGCCACUUUGGGGGUGACCAGGGGCGCGUGACGCUCGUGGGCACCGGCACGGGGGCCGCGUGCGCCAGCCUCCUCGCGCUGUCGCACCACGCUGAGGGCCUCUUCCAGCGCGUGAUUGCUCAGAGCGGCACGGCCCUGUCCAGCUGGGCCCUCAACCAUCGCCCUGAGCUGUCGGCGGCUGCCCUGGCGCGCUCCGUUGGCUGCCUGCGGCCCCUUCCACCGCCCCCGCGGCACCGCAGCUCUGCGCCUCACCGCCAGCAGCAGCAGCAGCGGCAGCGGGACGUGACAGUGGUGGGCCCGGCUGCCAUGGCGUGCCUGCGGCGCAAGUCAACGGAGGAGCUCGUCGAGGCGUCGGCCUCGCUCUCUGAGUUUUCUUUGUCGUCGUCGUCGCCGCCAUUGUCGUCGUCGUCCUCGCCGCCACCGCUUUCUCCGUUCUCAUUCUCGCCUUCGCACUUCCGCUCCGUGUUCGCGCCCACGGUGGACGGGGAGGUGAUCCCAGACGACCCGCGCGCGCUGCUCGAGCAGGGAGAGUUCCUCAACUACAACACGAUGCUGGGCGUUGCACAGGCCGAGGGCCUCCGCCUCGCCGAGGCCUUCCUGGAGCCCGACGAGCGGCCGGCCUUCAGCCUCGGCCUUGGCGGCGGCGGCGGUUUUGGCGGCGGCACCGAGACGCAGGGCGGCCUCGACGGGCGGAGCGCAGCGGUGGCAAAGCCCGGAGCAAAGGUAGCCGCGGUGGAGUCGCGGAGGCCUGCACUUCCGGGGGCUCCCCCCGCCAUCCCGGGAGCCGCUCCGGUCGUCCCGGGCCCCUACGAGGACCGCAACCCGGCCGGAGGCGGCGCCUUCUCGGCGGCAUUCUCACGUGCCGUCGACGAGCUGGUGGACGGGCUGUAUGCGGCGGAGGUCGUGGGCGACGGUGGCGACGACGACGACGACGACGACGACAGCGACGACCAGGAUUCGGAGUCGCCGGGGACGGAGGCGCUGCGCGAGACGGUGCGCUUCAUGUACACGGACUGGGCUGACCGGGACAAUGCGGAGAUGCGGCGCAAGACCCUGCUGGCGCUGCUCACGGACCAUCAGUGGGUGGCGCCGGCGGUGGCCACGGCCGACCUGCGCAGUCAGUUCGGCUCACCGACCUACUUCUACGCGCUCUACCAGCGGUGCGACGGGGAACCCACCCCGUCCGUCGGUGCCGGCGGCAGCACCAGCAGCGGCGGCACGACCGGUGUGAAGGAUAGAGGCGGGGGGGACUCGGUGGCCUCGAAGAUCUUGACGGCAGCGUCGGCGCCGUCGACGCGGGCGGGAGCCGUGCUGGCGCCGCCGGCGCUGGUGGGGGGAGGAGGAGCGGCGGCGUCGUCGUCGGCGGCGGCGAGGCCGGCCUGGGCGGACGCGGCGCAUGGCGAUGAGCUGCCCUACGUGCUGGGCGCGCCCUUCCUGCGCCCGUCCUCGCGAUUCUCCCGCAUGUUCGCGUGCAACUUCUCGCGGGGCGACGCGGCGCUCAGCGCCACCGUCAUCGCCUACUGGAGCAACUUCGCCAAGAGCGGCGACCCCAACCGCCCUGAGAUCACGGAUGACGACGAUGAUGACAUCGAUGGCGGUGGCGGCGGUGGCGGCGGUGGCGCCGGCGGCGAGGACGGCAUCGACGGUGGCGCCCGCUCCAGCAUCUUCGUCGAGGUCCCCUGGCGCCGCUACAGCCCCCGCGAGCAGCACUACCUCCACCUGGGCCCACGGCCGCGCCUGCGCGAACACUACCGCGCCAACAAGGUCGCUUUCUGGCUUGAGCUGGUGCCGCACCUGCAGUACAUGGCCUCCUCCUCGUCCACCUCGUACGAGGGCCGCCACUUCACGGGCUUCGGUGCCACGCGGAGGCCGCCGGGGGCCGUUGGCCGCCGGGGCCCCUCGGGCACGGGCCACGGCACGACGAGGAGGCCCAAGGGGCCGGACCGUGCCAGCCGCAAGGACAAGGGAAGUGUGGACGCACCGGGCGGCGGUGGAGGCUCGACUCGGCGGCAGGAGGGUGGCACCGGCGGCGGGAUCGAAGGCGGCAACGAGGCCGGGCGGGACGGCGACGCGAGCCAACGGCGUGACUACUCAACGGAGCUGAGCGUCACCAUCGCGGUGGGUACGUCGAUGCUGCUGCUCAACGUGCUGGCCUUUGCCGCGCUCUGCUACAAGCGCGAGAAGCGGCGGCGCGAGGAGGCGGGCCUCUACCCAUGCCGGCACGGCCACCAGCGAGGGGGUAGCCUCGCGAGCAGCGUGAGCAGCGUGGGCAGCCACCGCACCCAGCAGCACAACCAUCACGGCGGCGGCAGCAACCUACACCGCCACCACCGGCAGCCGCAGCACCAGCAGCAGAUGAUGGUGGACCCGCACCACCAGCACCUUCAUCGCCACCAGAGUGAGCCGAAUCUGGGCGACGAUCAGCACCAUCUGCAGGAGCAGCAGCAGCACCGGCGAGCGCUGUGGGGCGACAGCGACGAUGAGGGGGUGUUGCCCUCGCCGCUCGACGUCGAAGGCAGCGGCGGCGGCGGCUUGUGCGUCGGUGGCUACAGUGCCAGCGCGUGCCGGGUGCUCAUCCACGACGAUGACGAUGUCAUCGUCGACAACGGCGGCGUCGCCGACAACAACGAGGAGGACGACUACGAGGAGUACGAGUACGACGAGGAAUUCCGCAACGGCGCCGGCGCCACCUCCUCGCUGCUCUUCCACCAUCACCACCACAACAACAACCAGCAGCAGCAGCAGCACCAGCCGCAGCAGCAGCAGCAGCGUCAGCCACGGCGCAAAGCGGCAGCCAUGAUGAGGAAGAGGAGGUCGCUGACGACCACCACCACGAUGACGCCGCAGAGCGUGGUGGACUACUUCCCCGACGAGGUGGCCGUGGUGGCCGUGCCGGACACGUUCGAGUGCCCGCGCGACUACGCGCUCACGCUACGCCGGUCGCCCGAGGACCUACCUCUCACGCUGGGCCUGGGCCUCGGCCUGGGUCUAGGGCUCAACCACCAGGGGGGCCACGGGCACCACCACCUUCACCACCACCAGGGACUGGCGCCGCACGCGGCCAACGUGGCCCAGGGACCUGGCGGCCUGGCCCAGCAGGGUCAACAGGGCCAGCAGGGCCUCCAGUACCAGCACGGUCCGGUCGGGCAGGCUUUGCCAGGCGGGUUUGGGGAGCAGCACAAAGUCCGCCAUUGUUGAGUGUGAGGGCUGUGGUGGUGGUGGCGGAUGUGGUGGUGGUGGUGGAGGCUGGCGGUUGUAAUGAUCGUGGCGGUUUGGGGGUGAUUAUGGUGGUGGGCGGUGGUUAUGGAAGUGGCGGUACUGGUGGAGGCUGCAGGUAGUGGUAGGGUUGCCACCUUUGAGGUAUAAAAACCAGAACAUAUCAUAGGAUCAAGGAUAUCUCACGAUGCCAUAGGAGGGGCAAACUACAUGUAAAUGGAUUGUCUUGCGUGCUGUAUUAUUACAAAAGCUGGGUCUUUUAAAUGUCCUGGGAAGACUUACAUAUUUCCCAAGACAGCAACUUCAAACAAAGGAUGUCCUGGGAAAACCAGGACAGGUGGCAACCCAAGCUGGUGACGGAUGUGGAGGGUGUGUGGUGCACGGUUUGCCAUCUCGUCUAAAGGCCCGAUUUUUAAAUAAGGCGUGGAAAAGAGCUUUACCCCUAUAUAAAUAUUGCAGGUGGAAACCAGGCGGGAGGACACAGUGAAGGGUAAAGAGUUCCAAUAAUGUAACGGCAAGGAGUGUGAGGGAAGAGGAGGCAGGGUUUCCAAAUUUUUGUUUUAACCACACAGGCCUAAACAAACAAACAAACAAAAUGGCUGCUUUUGGGCAUAUGGUCAUGUUUGGGUACAGUCCAUGAGCCAGGUCCAGAUAUUUGACUUGUUUGGUACCAUAGCCUGCGGUGGCAUCGCUUUCUAAUUGCUCGAUGUGGUCAAGUAAAUUACGUGAAAUGUGGAAUUAUUACAAAAAUUCACUCCUAUCUGCUGUAUACAUAAAUCGGCAUGACUGACGCUUUGAUACCAUGGGUGGUACCAGUUUGUGCUCUGGCCCAUUGACCGAGUGUGUGGCGUUGAUCUUUGAGAAAAGAGAACCAGACUCUCCCAAUGGUUCCCAGAGAAGUGGGGGACAUUGAAUUGUAUUGCAAAUGGGCCAGAAUAGUAGAGGUCCAGGUACAGCCGGCCUAACUAACCCUAGGUAGGUGGCAACUGUGAUUGUGUUUGGGCACUGGUGCAGUGUCAAGCGCAACACGCGACGAUCCGUAGCAAUCUGAUUUUCACUCCUGCUCGUGAUGCCGUAUCACCAUUACCGUCAUUGUUGCCAUCGUCGCUGUUAUAACAACCAGCAGCGGACAGUUUUAAUUUGGUCCUAACCUUGGUUAACUCGAUAGGAACAUGGAUAUCUCACCUGGGGUGUGGUUGCAGAAGUUUCAAAAGGUAAAAAAAUAUUAAAUGUCAAGUUACACCCCCCCCCCUCAACAAUUGUGUCAACUCUCUAUCAAAAAUGUAGGUUAAAUUUGCAGUCCCCAAUAUUACAAUGUUCCUUUAGCAAAAAUCGAAUUAACACACAACACGCACACGUACAUACAUACACACAUAUGCAGUAUUGAUGUCCUGUGUCUGAGUACAUGAACAAAUAUUCACUAAGCAGAAUGUAAUCGUACUCUACAGUUUAAUGCUAAUCCAUUAACAUAAUAACUGGUGUUUUGACUAGUUACCGCUUCGUAACCACACCAAAUGACUAUUUAGAAUUGAUUAUUUUGCAAGGUGACAACUGACGUGUUGAUGCGACUUUUUACGACCACAGCGAUCAACUGAACGUUUGCAAUCUGACCCUUGACCUUUCAUCAGCACCGAACGAAACGUUUACAAAGUUCACUCGUCGUCGACUGACUCGUUAGCCGCACGCGUAACUCUUUAAAAAAGUAGCAGUUGUCCGAUGAGCGGGGAAAGUGUUACUCGUACAAAAAGUAAGUUCUGAAAGAAAAAAAAUGGUCAAGACUAAUUUUUUUUAAGUGCUGUUAACACUGGAACAAAUAGUUCACUUUUGCCCGGCUAAUGCAUUCAUUCGCUCGUGAAGAGCUAAAGCACCCCACACACACUGGGUGGGUGGUGUGGGCCGGGAAUGAACAUCGGGCUGCCCUGCGCGCGAUGAAGCCAGCUGGGCGACGCACCACGGGGGUGGUUUUUUGGUGCUGUUCCUUGCCUUGACAGGUGCUCGCUCACAGCACGUGUCUCUGUCAAAUAGAGGUUCUUCCCCUUUAGCGCGGUUGGCUAUGUACGGCGCGAAAGAAGUUCAACGUACGUUACAUACACGCAGGGGAUAAAGAAUCACAACGUCUCCCUGCUCAUUUCCCUUUCUGGCCCCCGAGGCUGCGGUGUUAAUUCCACAUUCCCAAUGCCAAGGCCGUCGUCAUCAUCAUCAUCAUUGUUGUCAUCAGCCAUGGUCAAGCCACUGCUGGAUGGAGACCUACCCAAGCCACCUCCAUCUCUCACGAUCCUGAAAUGUAACGAUCCGCCAAGCACCUGAACACGAGGUGAUUUAGUUGCUCCAUCUCCUCCAUGGGCGUGCCAUCGCACACGUUCUGUUCCAUUGUUGUCACUCCGUCGUGAUCAUUCGGCUAUCAUCCCUUCAAGCCGUGACAUGUCCUGCCCAAGCCAUCUUAUCUUCACAGUUUGAAUGAGUGGUGGGAAUGGGACGUCGUGGUUGGGAGUGAACAUUUGAACCUCGACUGCAUUCCAGAAGGAAUCAAGGAUUAAUCUUGUUUUAUAUGACUCACAGAUAGACCCCCUAGACUAAGAGAGAGAGACCCACCGACACGCACAGAACCCCACAGACACGAAUAGAAGCUUACAGACAUGCACAGAAACCAACAGACACACUCAGAUACCCACAGACACGCACAGAGACCCACAGACACAGCUCCACAGACAUACAGAUACCUACGGACACGCACAGGGACCCACAGACACACACACAACCCAUAGAUGCACAGAGACCCACAUACACGCAUAGAGACCCAUAGACCCACAGACAGAUACCCACAGACACAGGCACCCACAGAGACACACAGGGACACACAGACACACACAGGCACCCACAGAUGCAUAGAGACCCAUAGACCCACAGACAGAUAUCCACAGACGAGCACAGACACGCAGAGCAAAGCUCCCCCCCUUCCUCGUUCUCCCCUCCCCCCCCUCAAAUCUAGUGUAUGGUCCCAGAUCUAGUAGCGGUGGUGGUGAGGGGGUUAUUUAUGAGUUACUUUUGUAGGAAUCACUUAUGAGUUCCCCCAAUCAUGUCUUCCAAUGUCCAGCCCUGGUUUCAAUGAUAUCAUCACCUGACACAUCCAAGUGUUCCUGUUUCUAUGUCUCAACGUGAGUUCAAACAUGCCCAUCUCCACACUUUUUGGCGCACUUUCAAGUUUUCGUUAACAAAAAAAAACCACAAUGACCAUGCUUCUGAACUCUUUGUUUUCGUAGGCAGAGUGCACAUUGAUGAAUUGCUUUUCUGCUUAGGAUGUACGUGUUGUGUGACUUCACACACCAAGGUCGGCUUGCCAACAGCACCCCAACAUUUUCCCACCGGUGGGAUUAAUCCCUUUCAAUCCUAUUGUAUUUAAAUUCCGGAUUCAUGCAGUCAGAUUAUGUGCUAACCAGUGUAAUCCUAUUAAAUCCUAUUGUAUUCAAA